AUGAUAUGUGAAGACAAUCGUUUAAAUGCUAUGCAACAUUACAUGUCUAAUCUCCAGCAAUUACAUCUAUCUCGUAUUCACUCCUUAAAUCUUCAUGCUUUCAUAAAUGAUCUACUUAUAAUUGUGCAACGUUUACUUGAAAAUCUCGAUAAUCGUCAAUGGCAAGCAGCAAUAAACAAUUGUAUAAAUACUCAAUGUCCAUGGUUUAAACCUACAAAUUUAUCUUCAACGCACACAACAUUGUAUUCUUCGACAACGAACACAUCAUUGAAUAAUUGCAGUAUAUUACCAAACCGUUGUUUACCAUCACCAUCCAUUGAUCAUACAUAUUCAUUGAAUAGAGAACGCCUUCUAUGCCAAUCAAAUUUAUAUAAAAACAAUCUAUUAACAUCCAGCGACUCAUUAUUACGUUACAUCGAUAAUAAAAUUGAAAAUAAAUAUCCAUUUGAAAAUUUAUACCGAAUUGAUACGAGACUUUGCCAAUUAUGCCAAACAUAUGCUGAUCAUUUUUCAUCGAAUAUAUCUCGUCUUAUAUCUACUGGCAUCAAUCAAUGGGUACAUAUUGGUUGCAUACUUCCAGCUUAUACAAAAGCUCUUGAUCAAUCUCCAUACAUUCUACGUCACAUUCAUGAAACAAUCAAUCGUUGUCAAACAAGAUAUAAGUGUGAACUUUGUCUAAAAAUGGGCGCCAGUGUGCCAUGCUAUGAAAACGAUUGCAAUGCACGUUUUCAUUGUCAUUGUAUUCAAAUUUAUUAUUCGAAAAUCGAUCGAAGUCUACAAGAAAAAUUUAGUAUUGUUAAUGGUUUAUUGCCGAAUUUAACAACUCUAUGUUCGAAACAUUGUAGGAAGAAAAUGAAAAAUAACUCAGAUGGAGAUGAUCAUCAUCAAACAGAUGAACCUGUGAUUAACGACGAUAUCGAUCUUCGAAAAUUGAAAUCAAUUAACUUAUCAUCGACUGUCUACGCUGAUCUAUCAAAUAAUCUCGUUGAAUUCUGUUUAGCUGAUAUAAAACUUUGUGUUGGCUCGCUACAAAUAAAAUCUCUUGGCAAUUUUGAUUAUCUUCUCGAAAAUGAUACGAAUAUGAAUAUUUACCCAAAUAAAUAUCAUGCAUCACGUUUAUUUUGGAGCACGAAAAAUGCUCAACAAAAGACCAUCUAUCAUUUACACAUAGAAAUCGAACAGACCUAUCAUAAUGAUAAAUCAAAUCAUCGGACUAUUGAACAUCCGUUGUCCGCCGAACAAAUACAUCUGAAACAAUUAUAUGAAGUCUGUGAACAAUAUUUUCAAAGAUUCAAAGCAAACGAACAUUCUAAAAGAACAGCUAUUCAUACCAGAGCUGAAAGACCAUCUGUAUCUAUCGAAAGUCAACCAUCGAAACCCACAUCUAAAAAUCUCAUGCGAACAAAAACUAAAUUCAAUAACGAGAAUAACCUUCAAUUAAAAAAAUCUUCGUCAAUUCCAUCAGAAGAAAAUUCUCAAACGAUGUCCAUCGAUGCGAGAACUUUACGAAAUCUAUUUACUAAUGAUUCUUUAAAAUCAUCAGAUCAUUCACGAUUCGCUUUAGCACUUGUACAAGCGCUUCAAAAUGUCGACCAAUCAUCACCAUCAACAAAAAUACAACAACAAGAGCCUAUCUUCAGCUAUUAUCUACCGAAUCCAGCAAGUGGAUCAUUCAACGAAUCAACAACAGACACGACCAAUGAUGCAUUGCUAGACCAGCUAUUUCAAAAUAUAAAUCCAAUCCAACAGUCCAAUGAACCGGCAUCGACGAUUUUUGUUCCCAAUCACUCAACAGAAACGUGCAUUCCACAAGUAGACGGAAAUAUCGAUGAUGAAGAUUUUCUAGUGUCUUCUUCUCUCAUAAAUUGUUUAAUUGAGCAAAUACAAAAUGAAAAAUCUCCUAACUCUCUAUCGAAUAAUGUGACUGGAAAAAUCAACUAUCUUCCAGCUGAUGAACUCGUUCGUUUAUAUCAACAAUCGCUAAUAUCAAAAUUUGGUCGUGUACAAUUCACAAUCAUCAGUGAUGAUGGAUACAAAAUAGUGUCAGAUGAUUUAGAUGAAGCUUGGCUAACAAUUGUUAAUCUAGUGCGUGAAUGUCGUGACGAUAUGAAUUUAACUCAUUUACCAAUGAGAAACGACGAAUUAAAUGGACAUCAAAUAUUCGGUUUAACAAAAUCAAUCGUGAAAAUAAUGUUGAAUCAAUUGUAUUUAAAUUCAUCGUCAAUCGAAAAACAAUCCGAUACUAUUUUACUGCCAUUGUCAUCAUCGAAUAAAAACGACUCAACUUAUUUCAUAAAGAAAAAAAAUUCAACUAAAAAAAUUCCAUCAUCAAAUUCAAGAUUAAACAUUUAUCAAAGAAAAAAUUCUCAACGCCAACGAUUUAAUUGGCUGUUAAAUCCAAAUCGAAAGAUUGAAUAUGCAUUGAACUCAUUCGAAAUCGACGAUGCACUUGCACAUGCAAGACGAAUUCUUCUUCAAGAAUCUUCGGUUCGUCUACGUCUUCAUCAUUUACAUUAUUUUUCUGAACGUGUAUUGAUUGUUGGAUCAUCGUCUAUACAUGGCUGUGGUUUAUUUACAUUAAUUGAUCUAGUUGAAGGACAAAUGAUUGUUGAAUAUACAGGUGAAGCUGUUCGUCCCUGUCUUACAGAUAAACGUGAACUUGAAAACGAAAAAAAAGGUUUUGGUUGUUAUAUGUUUACUGUUGAUUCCAUGAGUGUUAUCGAUGCAACACAACAAGGAAAUAAAGCUCGUUUUAUUAAUCAUAAUUGCCAGCCAAACUGCUUUGCUAAAACUAUUCUUUCCGGUGGUAUUAAACACAUUGUUAUCUAUGCUAUCAUGAAUAUAGCUCGCGGUUCCGAAUUAACCUACGAUUAUUCAUUUGCUGAAGAAGAUAUCAAAAUUCCUUGUCAUUGUGGUACCAGUAAAUGCCGACUGUAUUUGAAUUGA